GCGCCAUUGGGCUGUCAGUCAGAGGCGGCGUGGGGAGCGCUGGGAGCGGUUGCAGCGUGCGCGGAGCUGAGGUAAAGCGGCGGGUUCUGCCCUGCCAGGCACUGCGCGAACUGGCUGACCUGCGUGAGCAACGCGUUUGUAAAAAUGGAAUUUCAAGCAGUGGUGAUGGCAGUUGGUGGGGGAUCGCGGAUGACAGACCUGACUUCCAGCAUUCCCAAACCUCUGCUUCCAGUUGGGAACAAACCUUUAAUCUGGUACCCAUUGAACCUACUUGAGCGAGCUGGAUUCGAAGAAGUCAUUGUGGUUACAACCAGGGAUGUCCAAAAGGCUCUAUGUGCAGAAUUCAAGAUGAAGAUGAAGCCAGAUAUUGUGUGUAUUCCUGAUGAGGCUGACAUGGGAACUGCAGAUUCUCUGCGCCACAUAUAUCCAAAACUUAAGACAGAUGUACUGGUUAUGAGCUGUGAUCUGAUAACAGAUGUUGCUUUACAUGAAGUUGUGGACCUGUUCAGAGCGUAUGAUGCAUCACUUUCUAUGUUAAUGAGAAAAGGCCAAAAUAUCUUAGAACCAGUUCCUGGUCAAAAGGGGGGGAAAAGAGCAGUGGAGCAGCGUGACUUCAUUGGAGUGGACAGCACAGGAAAGAGGCUGCUCUUCAUGGCUAAUGAAGCAGACUUGGAUGAAGAGCUGGUCAUUAAGGCAUCUAUCCUACACAAGCACCCUCGAAUACGUUUCCACACAGGCCUUGUGGAUGCCCAUCUCUACUGCUUGAAAAAAUACGUUGUGGAUUUCCUAAUGGAAAAUAAGUCAAUCACUUCUAUCCGGAGCGAACUUAUUCCAUAUCUAGUGAGAAAACAGUUUUCCUCACCUGCCUUACAACAAGGACAAGAAGAAAAAGAGGAGGAUAUAAAGAAAAAGGAUCUAAAGUCCUUAGAUAUUUACAGUUUUAUAAAAGAAGACAAUACACUGACAUUGGCUCCCUAUGAUGCCUGCUGGAAUGUUUGUCGAGGAGACAGAAGGGAAGACUUGACCAGAUCACAGGUGAACUGCUAUGUCCACAUCAUGAAAGACGGGCUCUGCUCUCGAGUAAACACACUGGGACUCUACAUGGAAGCAAACAAACAGGUGCCCAAAUUGCUGUCUGUUCUUUGUCCAGAAGAAUCAUUAAUCCAUUCAUCAGCCCAGAUUGUCAGCAAACACCUGGUUGGAGUUGACAGUCUCAUCGGGCCAGAUACACAGGUUGGAGAGAAGUCAUCCAUUAAGCACUCGGUCAUUGGGUCAUCCUGUCUUAUAAGAGACAGAGUGACUAUUACCAAUUGCCUUCUCAUGAACUCAGUCACUGUGGAAGAAGGUAUCCCACAGCAGCUCUGAAGAAGGCAGAGACCUAGGAAGAGUGGACAUAUAAGACAUACACUGCUUUUGAGGAGGAGCUUCUCUAAAAGUGGAAAAUCUUCCCCAGUUGGAAAUAUUUAUACUAUCCUAAAAUCUUGGCUCGUGAAUAAUCUGGACCUGGAGUGAAAAGACUUGAAUAAUGUUUAAUGAGAUUCUUCAUCUAUGUGCACCUGAGUUUUUCCAUGUAUAAAAUGGCAAGCAUAGGUCAUGGGAAAAAGGAAGGAUAGGCUAGGCGCAGUGGUUCAUGCCUGUAAUCCUAGCACUCUGGGAGGCCAAGGCAGGUGGAUUGCCUGAGCUUAUGAUGGGUUCAAGACCAGCCUAAGCAAGAGUGAGACCUCAUCUCUAAAAAUAGCCAGGCGUUGGGCGGCGCCUGUGG